GGCACUUGUUGGGGUUCCUCCACUGGCGACACCUCGAGAUUUGCUGAUAUUUUGCGGUUGCCCAUUCGAUUCCAAAAGAAAAGUCUGCUAUUGGUAGCUGCUUAGUAGAUUUAGGUGCUCCUUUGAUUCUAGGACCAGUCUCGUAGCCAUAAUGGGAAGCAAGGCUGUACACAUCGCGAAAUCACGUCAUGUUAACGUGUGGUUACCCCAUAGAACCAGUCGAUAUGUAGUCGCUUCAUUGAAAUCCCUAGGUUUCUGUGUUGUCUGAAUCUAGUUAGGGCAAUAUGUUGUUUGAUGUGGGUUGACCACCUAGUUACCAGUCCUUUUCUUUUUUGGGGAAAACAGGAAUAAAAUUAUAGCUUUGACUUUGAGGGAACAUCGAUUAUCAUUUCCAUACAUCAAUUUAGUUUAUCUGUGUGAGCAGCCGCGAUUCUAGGCAGGCUUCAACAGGCUGAAGCCUGCCCUCCGAAAUUAAAAUCCAGCCUAUCCCAGCCCAUCUCAGCCUAGUUCCAGCCCAUCUUAGUCCAGUUUCAGCCCUUGUACUGAAUUCGUCCUAGAUUCGCCACUGUGUGUGAGCAUGUAUUGAUGUUUCGCUGAUAUCUUUGUAUAGGCAUUUUAUAUAUGCAGGGUUAUUGCUCGUAAGUACUAUGCUACUUAUGAGAUCCGUGACACAACUAAGUUGGUGGGCUGGUUCUUGUUUAGCUUGCCUCCUUGCUAUAGUUUGCCUAAGCAUAUCUUUCUUCUGCUACUACACAUGGUGCCUUAAAUUGGUGAAAUCGAUACACUAUUGGAAGCUUUAGAGUUUAGUCUCAUUAUAUCCAUGACUCAUCAAAAGCGUGAAGCCAGUUCCAGCAAUGAAGAUUGGGAAUCAAAGCGCCCAAAAGGUGCUGCCACUUCUACUGAAAAGGAUUGUCACGUGGAGACUGCUAGUUCUCAAGAAGCAAAUGGCGAAAAGAGAGACACCUCUCAAAAGGGAAGCAACUUGCCGCUAGACCCAUGCAUCUCGGAUGAGAAAUCCACAACCAUCUCGAAAGUUCCAAGUCAGCAAGAGAUGAUACUAACUAGUAUUGAAGCCGAUGCUGCAGAAGACAAGGGCUGCAGGCAUACAAUGGAGGAUGCCUGGGUAGUGCUUCCUGAUGCUAGCAUGGGAUCUCCUGGAAAUUUGAGAUGCGCACAUUUCGCAAUAUAUGAUGGGCAUGGUGGCCGCUUGGCUGCGGAGUAUGCACAGAAGCACUUACACCCGCACGUUAUUGCUGCAGGAUUACCACGUGAGUUGAUAAAUGGUAAAGUGGCAAAGAAGGCCAUUAUUGAAGGUUUUCGUAGAACUGAUGAAUCACUACUGCAAGAAAGUGCUGAAGGAAACUGGCAAGAUGGCGCUACAGCCGUAUGUGUUUGGGUCUUGGGACAGACUGUUAUAGUUGCAAAUGCUGGGGAUGCUAAAGCAGUACUAGCUCGUUCUACUUCAACUGAUGGUGAAGGUGCCGUGGCUGACAUAAAAAAUCCACUGAAAGCUAUUGUUUUGACAAGAGAACACAAAGCCAUCUUUCCACAAGAGCGCUCGAGAAUCCAGAAGGCUGGAGGUUCUGUUGGUCCUAAUGGAAGACUACAAGGGCGCAUUGAAGUAUCUAGAGCUCUUGGAGAUCGUCACUUUAAGAAGGUUGGAUUAAUUGCAACACCAGAUGUCCAUUCUUUUGAACUUACAAUGAAGGACCAUUUCAUAAUUCUUGGUUGCGAUGGCUUAUGGGGAGUAUUUGGGCCAAGUGAUGCUGUUGAAUUUGUCCAGCAGCAAUUGAAGGAGACGUCCUCAGCCACGCUCGCAGUGCGGCGCCUGGUGAAGGAAGCUGUCCGCGAGAGGCGGUGCAAGGAUAACUGCACUGCUGUUCUGAUCGUCUUCAAGCACUAGAAUUGCUUGGCUGUUGCAACUCUUUUCACAGAACCGAACCCAAGAAGAGAAAUUUGCCGCUGUAGCAAAGAACAAUAUGUAAUUCAAGCCUGCAUGAUUUUCGUGCUCUGGCAAACGAGUGUACUGUCCAUGACACCACUGGCAGUGCACUAUCUGUACUUCAUCUGGACAUUUGUUUUGCUUUUUCAAACGAUUCUUGUAGCAAAAGCCCCUCUAAACUGCUCUAAAGAAAGGCUCAUGUGAUCCAAGUCUCUUUUA